CGACUUCCCACAUAAUAGCCACAAUGUCGUCUUGCGCUGACGAGGCGGGCGGCCACGGCCACAGCCACGACCAUCACGGCCACGACCACGGCCACGACGGGCACGACCACGACGUGCCGCUUGAAGCUGGGCCGUCGGACUCGCUCUACGGCGUCAUUGACACGGAGCACGUCGUUGCGCUCAAUGCUGCUGGUGGGGGCGAGCAGGGGCGCGUGGUGAUCAAGGACUGGGCGAGCCGCGAGGACGAGACCAAGUGGCUCGAGAGCGAGCUCGACGACUCUCUCAUCUUGCAGAUUCCAUUCACUGCCAGCGUCGCGUUGAGAUCAAUCACCCUCAAGGCCGGGCACGGCGGCUUCUGCCCAUCACAUAUGCGCGUGUUUGCCAACGCCCCAGGACUCGACUUUGCCGACGCCGAGAGCAAGCAGCCCACACAAGAGUUUGAAGUCGUCCAGGUGCGCGAGGGCGCAGAGUACCAGGUCAAGGCGGCAAAGUUCGCCUCGCUCACCUCGCUCGCGCUCCACUUCCCACACAACGAGUCGGAGGGCGACGACGAGGAGACGACGCGGGUAUACUACGUCGGCCUGCGGGGGAGCCACCGGCCCCUGCCAGGGAGGCUCAACGCAAGCAUCGUGUACGAGGCCGCCCCGCGCCCGACCGACCACAAGCUCAAGCAGGGCGACUCGCUCGCUAGCACGCACCGUCAGGGCUUCUAGUUGUGAUGUAUGCAUGUGUGUAGUAACC